AUGCAGCAUAGCAGCCUGUGUUCGAUAAUAUUACUAAACUCGAUGAAACUGCCGAACGCAAAUCAGUUGAGUUUCGAGUUUCGCCGAGGCCAGUCACGGAUUGCCGUGGAUACGCGCGCGCACUUUUGACUGUUCAAUCUGACUUCAUCUUUAGUAAAUGGAAAACCAAUUCAGGCAGCAGCAACAGCAAAACAACCACCAGCACUAUGCAAAAAGCAUAACUCUGGAAUAAACCCCGCAAGCUUCGUUCGAGUGUGGGAGCAGCCAGCUAUUUUGGUGUUUUGGUUCUUUUCCAAUACUGUCUGGGCCCUUCUGCAUAAUAGAGAGCAUUUUUCGAUCCGAUAUUCCAGUGUCGAACGACGUUUUUUAUCAUCUGUGCACAGCGAAUGCUUAAUUGUUAUUUUUUGUGAUGUGUGCUCUGAUUGUGUCGAUGGAUUACCAUUUUUGAAGAAGAUUGACCGAAUUUGGGGACUGGUUAGGACAAGUAUUUGAACACAUUUUCUGCGAGGUUCUUGGAACAAAAAAUUAGUUUCAAAUAGUGUCGUGAGGUUUUGACAGCGAAGGAUCUCCAAGUCUUAGAUAUUGUGCAAGAUUAAUGUUACGGGGUUGAAGUGUGCAAGUCGAUUUCGCGGAAGGUCUGCUGCUCGUACAUUUCCUUCGCUGGCGUAUAGUGAAACGAUAUAAACAAACACGCGUAGGUAUUUGUCGGCACGUACUUACGCGAGCGUUGAAAUGAAGUGAGGUGGGAUGCGCCAGCAGCGGUAGUGUGGAACAAACGGUAGUGACUAAGCCAGCAACCGAUUGCCGACUGGUGCCAAUCGUGUGGAUAUUGUCAUUUUUUAUGUUGGACCUGACCACAGACAGUGCGGAAGCCGUCGGAUAGCGGAGAACGUGUGUGCGUAUAUGCGCUGUGUACAUAUAUCUAUCUAUACAUAUGCUGUGGUAGAAAGAGCUUGAUUGGAGUCCUCGGUCAUAUAAAAGCUUAAGGUAACAACGUACCGAUACACCACCAACAGCAGUGCAGUAUACUAUAGUUAGAUACUAGCACAUUCCAAUGAAUCUAUCGAGGAAAGCGAAAUUUUACAGCUUAUUAAAUGCCGGUAUGAAAGAUAAUUAAAUUUCAUGCCAGGCCGCGGUGAAAUAAUCGGAAAACCGCCAAACUAACUUCGUGUGCCGCGACGGGUUUUAGUGUUUAUAUCGAUUUUCCCUUAAUUGCUAGUGAAAACCGCCAGUCGGGCAGAUAAUUUCGGUCGGUGUUUAUAUUUGAACUUAUAAGUCGGGUGGUUAGCAUCCAGCUUUUGGCUUUGUGUUGUUUGUGUUAUUCGUGAACUGUAGUAGCACGUAUUCCACCGGAGACGGAGUGAUUUAUUACCGCUCCUACCGGAGGAACUCACUGGAGAGCCGCAACACCACACAUUGACGAGCUUGUUUUCAUCGUACUUAUAGCGGUAGGGGAGUUAAUUGGAAGUAGCUGAAUGCCGACAGGAGCUUUCGUCGAUCGGUAGGGUCACACGUAUGCGAAGAAGCUGCUAUAAAUCACAGCUGGCAGGUGGAUUAACAGUUGUAGUAUACUGUAAAUCUUUGAGUUCGUCUGUAGGCAACAAAUCCCAUCUUCCACGGUCCUGCACUGGCAUCGAAGCAGCCACGCCGAUUUCCGUUGUUAGCUGCUGAUUGAAAUAAAUUUCUGAUAAUAGCAGUUGUGUGUCCGAGAAAAAAGAAAAGUCAAAGUCGAUUGUUGCUUCAGGAGGUAGAAAUUCGAUUUAUGUUGCAUGUGAAAACGGUUUGCCCGGAGAAAAGUUGAAACCAAAGUCAAGAAAAAAACUGCUAAAGUGAUAAAGUGCAAAGUUUUUAAUUGAAGAAGUCAUUGACGACAACGGUGGUGAGGGGAGCAAGCUGCUGAAGUGAUAGUAAUACAUAGCUGGAAAAAAGGUUGGUUUCGAGUGACACAAAGUCUGCUAUAACAGCGUCCCGGAGAAUAAGGAAGCAACAGCGGAAGAAAGCUUACAAAGAGCGAAGAAAGUAAGGACAAUCACUUUGCGACAGUGGCAGUUAUAUGAAUUUCCAUCUUGAACGAAGCCCGGCUUAGGAAGUGCGAAGAAAAGGGAAAACAACGCGAAUGUGCAAAGGAAGCUUAACGGAAGCGGCAGUGUGAAGAUAGAAUUACCUGUCGGUUUCCGGUGCUUUGUGCGCGGCUAGCUUUCGGAGCUUGCCGACAGUGGUGGUGGUGGUGGGGUGUGACAGGCGCGGGAUAGCAAGCAAAUCAAAGGUGUCUGAUAACGGUGAGCUCGGCGAAACGGAUCAACAGCAGGCAGACCGAUGUAGUGAUAAUCUACAACCAUUAGUCUCGCCAUCGUCGAUGGCAACAAUUGAUUCAGCAUCAUCCUGGCAUGGAAGAGCAACCUGUCGUAAUCAAUGUGCGACGCGUCUCGCCGACUUGGCCAGGCACCCGGCACUCGACAUGGAGGGAACAGCACUAGCGCACAACAUGGUACCAUCCGUAGAGAGUGCCUCGGACGUGAAACUAGCACAAGAUGUUGAACGGAAAUGUGGAAGCUUGGACGUGAAUCUGGAUAGAAAGUUCCUAAACAAUAAUAAUAAUAAUACUAGCAUGAAAUGUUUGCAAUUCAUCACGCCCCCAGAUCCGCCUCCACCGCCCGCACUAUUGUUUGAUUACGUAGUUGAGCAAAGCGUCCAAAGUCAUCAGCAACACAAUCUCCUAGAUAGCGAUCUUAAAAGUUUUGAAAAUCUUAGCUUUAAUAGCAAUAGUGACAAGCAGUCAGUGAAUAGUCAAGUAGGUAAAUUAGCAACCAAUUCACCUAGAGUUAACCCACGGCCAGUAGUACGAAGCGAAGAUACAGACGUCGAAAAGGAAAUGUCGAAAACAGGUACCGAAUUAGCGAAACCACCCGUCAAUUUGAAUGUUACCAAUGCCUCAACUAACCAACCAAGUGACCAAAACACAACGAAUCCAUCACCUCGUGUGACUCCGGUGUUAGUGAAAACUACUCCAGAAAACCCAUUAAUAACCAUCAGUAUCAACCAUAACAACAUGACUAACCAAAGACACCAUUCCGUCAUCCUACAACCUGCUCAGAAAUCGAACGGAACCAACGCCUCUAUACCUACUGUGAACUUGUGUGAUAUGUGUCAUCCGAAUUUUGAGCCACCUUUGCCUUCAAUCACCACCGAAAGUCCGACUUUGUUCGAACAAGCUUGCGCGACUAUGGGAGCCUCGAAUGCUACUGAGGUAGCCGCCGGUGCCGGCGUGGUCGUAACCGCUUCUGCAGCCACAUGCUCUAGCAAGCCACCCCUCUACAACCACCACUAUCAACAGUACCACCCAUCCCCUUACUUCCCUUCCCAUCACCAACCCCCAAUCGGUCGUACUAACCUAUCAUCCCACAGCAUUCGCUUUAUGACUCAACACAUUAAAAUCUUACCGAAAACUCAAUCUCUAGAUCUGGGAGAUAACGACGAUCUGAUAGAAGCAAGCAAUAGAAGCGAAUCACAGCUAGACAUCAACACGGCUGGUGUAUCGUUCAGGGGCCGGGUGCUACCGAAGCUGCAACCACUUGACCAAACUCGACCAAUAUAUCCCAAUGUACCUUACAGUCCGUACAACAGUCCCUACGGUAGCCCCCGGAGUGGACGGCGGCGGGCUCCAUUGCGUGAAUCCCGGCGGGUUUCAAUCGAACAGUCGGGAAGCUUUCUGCAGUUGAACCAGUACAAGCUGCUAGACCAAAUCGGACAGGGUUCAUACGGGCUUGUCAAACUAGCCUAUUCCGAAGAAGAUUCGACACAUUACGCUAUGAAGAUACUGUCCAAACGCAAGCUUCUUCGUAAGGCCGGACUCAUGCGCCGAGGCCCAAAGCGAGGCACAUCCCCUCUCGAUCGAGUCUACAGAGAGAUUGCGGUACUGAAAAAGUUGGAUCAUCCCAAUGUGGUGAAACUAGUCGAGGUCUUGGAUGAUCCUUUGGAAGAUUCGUUAUACCUGGUGUUUGAGCUGGUGCAACACGGAGAAGUUCUCAGCGUACCAACUGAUAACCCACUGAGCGAAGAACGUGCUUGGAACAUCUUUCGAGAUGUUAUACUAGGAGUUGAAUACCUUCAUUACCAGCGAAUAAUUCACGGCGAUCUGAAGCCAGCCAACUUGCUGCUCUCCGAUACGGGUAGCGUUAAAGUGGCCGAUUUGGGUGUAUGUAAUGAGUUCCUCGGUGAAGAUGCCGCCAUGAACAAUGGGUCUACGGCUGGUACGCCUGCUUUCAGGGCGCCUGAAACACUGCAUCCAGGUCAGCUCGUCUACAAUGGUAAGGCAGCUGAUAUUUGGGCACUUGGUGCAACCCUGUACGCUCUAGUCCACGGAAAUGUUCCUUUCAUUGCUACGUCGGUUCCUGGUGUGUACGAAAAGAUAAAAAAUGAGCCCCUGCAAUUCCCUGCUACCAGUACAAUCAGCCCAGAGCUCCGGGAUCUAAUUGAAACUAUGCUGGACAAGGAUCCCCAACUUCGGAUAACGCUUCCACAGAUCAAGGAACAUUGCUGGGUGACUAAGUUCGGGGUGCACAUGCUGCCAAGUGAAGAAGAAAACUGUCGAUUGGUGCAAAUUAACGACGAAGAUAUGACCAGCGUUGUAAAAAGCAUUCCCAAAUUGGAUACCCUGAUAUUGAUUAAAACUAUGCUGAAGAAACAUUCUUUUUUGAACCCAUUUAUGAGAGCGAUCUCCGGGCAGGUGUCACAGAUCGCUGGUUCAAGAAUUGAGCGUUUUAGUCGCUCUGGUCGAUCCAACUCAGCACCAGGAGAUUAUCAUACUUCUGAAAGGCAACCAUCAAGCGAAUCUCUUCUGCCGUCAGUAACUGAAGGCGUAUCCAGUCCGUCGGGCAGUCCGGAAGAGUUACUUUCUCCCGGUAAAAUACCUUCCAACCCUGUUUCAGCUCCUCACGAAGAUUCGUGCAAUCCCGAUCCCGUAGCCGCGGAACCGUUGGAACAGCGCAAUAUGGACACCGACCAUAUGGUAAAUGAUGACGCCACAGCUUAGAAUAGUCUUCUGCUUUCAAAUAUUCCAAAUCGUGCUUACCUAGAAUUUCUGCUCUAAAACGAUGAUAGUGAUUUCCACUUUCAUAAAAACUCCCAAAGAUUUUAGAAUGGAAACAAUCACACAAAACUAUUAUUGUUCGGCUGUAUAAUCAACGUGAUAUGUGAAUACGUGAAUUUUUAUUUUGUUUCAUGUUUGACUUAAAUAGACAUUAUUCCGUCUGCUCGUAGGAAAUGUUACAUGUAAGGUGUUUCCUACUUUGAAAUAAUCGAAUUUUAUCCGUACUUAGUGUGUGUAUACAGAAUUUUGACAGUUUUUCAAAUCUAGAAGUUAUCAGAAAUGAACUAGCCGUAAAGAAUAGCUUUGAUCAGAUUUUAAUUGUAUAAAACACAAAAAACAAAACAAAAGCAAAUGAGAGAAAAUGUACAUAAAUAUUUUACAGUUUUUGCUCUUUUUUAAGAUGUAAUAUACUAAAACAAACGUUUUUAAAAAUAUGAUACUUAUACUCACCAUUUCGACCAAAAAUUGAAAAUAUAAUUUACAACGGUACGAUAUUAUUAACGACAUUCUGCUCAAAAGCACAGUGUCGCAAAUUCAGAAGAAUAACGCUUUAUUACUUACAACUGUCAAACUAAAACUUGUCAUAACAAAACAUGAAUUUGGCCAAAAAUGUUAGCAAGACAUUAAUCAAUACUUGCAAACUUAAGCGAGUUAGUCAACUCACUUCUUAAAUCUUAUGAGGAAAAAAAACUUUCAUAUUACAUUAAAUGUAGCAACAAAUAGUUUUUUGGCAUUACUCACGUUAUCAAAUUACUAUAUAGCGAGUUAGUGUUAACCAAUUGAGCAACAACAAAUAACCCAUGAUGAUAGAUUUCCAGCCAUGUAAGCUUUAAUACAAACAACACUUUUAACUAAUGGACUUGAACUGUUGAUAAUUUCCGUGUUGUAACAUACACACGUCGGGACCAUUCUGUUGUUUAGUAUGUUCCUAACUACCUGCACUAAACGCCUAAACUAAACGAUACAUUCGAAGUAAUCUGUGUAACGUAAUCUCCUCUUAUACUACUAAAUCGCACAUUAAUCACUCUUCACCAUGACACUUUUAAGCCCUUCUAAUUGAUAGCUUUUUCGCGCCAAAAAUCAUUCCAAAAACUGAUAGAGUCAAUACAACGAGCAAAAAUUGAAUGUUAAAGCUAAAACCUUCGUGAUUGUCGUGAUUCCAUUUUGAAUAUUUAGAAGGAAGCGACUGUACCCUGUUUAAAGGUUUAUCAUUCACAGUUUUUAGAUAAUAAUACAUUGCUUUAGAGUUUUAACUAGCUUACUACCAAAUGUUGCAACUAUUUAUAACAAAAAUCUGAUGCUGAUGGUAGAAUUUAAUUACUCUUAGACGUAUCAAAUAUAACCAAGGAAAAAAGAUUGUACAGAAUUUGGCCCUUCUCGUUUGAAAUAAUAAGCCGUAUGAAUAAAAACUAGCAUUUGCUCAGCUUCUUGAGAUUCGAGCAGUCGAGCAGCUGCGUUGAGCAUUUACUCAAGUUGGUAUGAAUAAAGACUUUGCUUUGACAGAUGUAUACUCUAUUUGUGAGUUUGCUUUUCGAACAUCUGAUUCCGUAUGAAUAAAGUAAUAAAUCCUGAGCAAAUGCUCAGCGAAAGCUGAGCAAACCAAGUAAAUACCUGAGCAUGCUCAGUAGCAUACUUGAACGAUUUUUUUUAUACUUUAAAUCCAAGGGAAGCAAACAGUUUAGUGAUGUGCAAUUGUUUUUGUGCAUAACAAUGCACUGAUUACCUACUUUUGGUGUUAAACUAGAUCAAAAAACAAUUUGGCCAAAAAACUUUGUACUAGUUGGUCUGUUGCACUUUACAUCAAA